UCGCCCCAUAAAUACCCCGAGGAAGCCCAGAAUCCAGCAGAGCUACAUCCCAAUCCAAUCUGAUCCAAUCCAAGAUCGUCGUGCUCCUUCUGAAAAGUGUCGAUCGAAGCGGAUACUUAGCUAGCUAGGCGAUGGCCCCGAGCGCGUCGAUGCUGUUCCUGAGCUACCACCAGCUGCACCACGGCCCCGCCGACGCGCCGCACGUCGACAAGGAUGGCGCCGGCGCGGGCACCGGCGGCUUCAGGUUCGGCUUCGGCAAUGUCUUCUUCUCCCUCGGCGUCCUGGCGCCGAAGCGGCGGGAUGCGGCGGUGCACGACGGGAAGCAGAGGGCGCGUCAGGCCGGCGGCGAGGAGGAGGAGGAGGAGCCCGCGACGCUGGCGAGCAAGUUCGAUGAGGCCGUGCGGCUCAGCUGCUGGUCGUCCUGAAGCUUAUCUUAAUUUCCGCGUGCUCCUGUAGCUUCUGCCUCUUUGACUGUGCAAGCAUGUGCUGUGCCGAUCGUUGACAAUGGCAGGAUAUGUGUAGAUAAAAUGUGACUGUGCAUAUGAAUUUCCUUUCUUUCUUUCUGUGUGAAA